AUGACCACACUCACGAUGAUGACGUGCCGUCUGCUGUGCGCCCUGUUGGUGCUCGCCCUGUGCUGCAGCCCGUCCGUGUGCGUGACAACGAAUGGCGCGGAAGGAGAAGAUGACUCCAGUACGGACUCCCAUACACAAAAGGAUGUAAGUAGGACAAACGGUAAGCAAAAGGGAAAAAGUGGGAGCCAAGACCUGACGAACAAAGAGUCAGAGGAUGAAAGUGAGAACGGUACGCAAGAAAUACAAGGUAGGCCCACCGAUGGGAUUUCCAACAGUGAAGGUGCAUCAGGUGCAUCCGGUGAGCCAGGGAAAACAAGUUCUGUGGAUCAAUCCGCAACAAACCCAAAAUUGGAGGUUCCUGUGGAAAAAAGGACGACUACAACUACUACAAAGGCACCAAUUACGACAACCACUACUACGACAACGACCACUGCGCCAGAAGCACCAAGUACUACGGUCAUGAAUACGGAGACGCCAACGACGACGACCACCCGCGCACCGUCACGUCUUCGCGAAAUCGACGGCAGCCUCAGCAGCUCUGCGUGGGUGUGUGCCCCGCUGCUGCUCGCCGUAUCCACGCUGGCGUACACCACUCUGGGCUGA